CUCGACCCAAUCUUGUCGGAUCGUCGUCGCACGAUGCGCGUGGGAAUCGUCGGAGGGUGCUUGUGGUGGACGUCUGCUGCGGCCAACCUUCAUGGCCGAGCAGUGUGGCAGCCUGAAUCUUUUCUUGCGGAUGACCGACUCAUCGUCGACGUGGACGGGGAUUAUCAUGUCGGUGAACUUGGUGGCGUCGAGGGACAUGUCGACAGGAACACGUUGCCCGUCGUCAUCAUGCACGGCAUGGGAGACGCUGCACAAAAUCCUGGGAUGCAGCGGCUCCGCAAGGCAGUAGCGACACGCCUUGGUGGAUACGCGACGAAUGUCCAAAUCGGCGCGUCACAGGCCGAAGACACAUCCAACGGGUUCUUUAUGAACCUGGACAAACAAGUCGACUACUUUGCUCGCGUUGUCGCUGCGGACGAGCACCUUCGACAUGGGUUCAAUGCCCUCGGAUUUUCCCAGGGAAAUCUUGUGGUCCGUGGCUAUAUCGAACGCUACAACAGCCCUCCUGUCAAGAGUUUCGUUUCGAUUCAUGGCCCCCUCGCCGGUGUAGCGGGGCUACCUCACUGCCGCCCUAUCAACUUCAUCUGCAAGAAGAUUAGUGACUUGAUCUCAGCCGCUGCAUACGCCGAUUCCGUUCAAGAUAAUGUUGCCCAAGCCAACUACUUCCGAGACCCCACUCGUAUUUCCGAAUACAAAGUGCACGCACGAUUUUUGCCCGACAUAAACAAUGAGCACGGUUCAAAGAAUGCAACGUUCAAAGCCAACUUCGCGAACCUCGAGCAAUUAGUUCUUGUUCGCGCGGCGCAGGACUCGAUGGUGUACCCCAGGGAAUCAGAGUGGUUCGGAGCGUACGAGGACGGCGCUUUCGACAAGGUCUUGCUCAUGAAUGAGACCAAGUGGUACCAGGAUGACUCGUUUGGAUUGAAAACCCUGAAUGAAGCAGGCAAAAUCACGCUCAAAGAGACUGCUGGGGACCACCUGCGCAUCCCGACGGAGACGCUGCUUUCGUGGAUCGAGCAGUACUUUGUGUAGACGUGGUGUUUUCGUCUGUUAAUGCGCAAUCACUCGUCGGCAGUUGUCGCAAGUUUUGUUGCA